AUGUCUAUGCUCUAUAAAAUACUCUUCUUAUUCCCAUUGGCCAGCAUGGCCGUACCUUCUGCCCCUUCCAGCAACCUAGGCAAACGGUCUAUUACCUGCCUCACAGUCGGGCAAUCAGCAACGGCAACCUGGACCAAUAGUGCCGGGCAAACCUGUUCUUUUGUUGGAGUGGUCGGGAGCAAUUACGGUGCCAACAGCGCAGGCAAUGGAGAUGACCCAAACUGCGGUAACGCCUACAAUGCGGCCGUGGACGAUUUCGCGGGGGGGCUUGUCGCCGGCUGCUCACAGACGAAUCCUACGAGCUCGGCAUCUCCACCCAAUUCCGGUCCUGUUUGUGCUUGA